AAUCUGAUGACAAAUGAAGAAAGUGCUCCGCAAGCCUUUUGAUCACGCCCCGGAAAGCCAGACCCAUCACUAUGGUGACAGUAAGUGUUUGGUGGAAGUUGGAGGUAUUAUGCAUGAGAAAACAACAGUCCUGAUGGCAUGUUUCACCCUGGAAAUUUGGGAAUAAGAACACCAGGCUGUGAUGGAGGUGGUGCGCUCUGCCCCAGAGACCUUCCAAAGAAGCUUCCGGAAAAAGAGCCCUCUCCCUCUGGGGCAGCUGGUGGAGGAGACCAGGAAGGGGCUGGACGUGCCACACCACCUUCUGGAAACCAAAAUCUUUGCCAAACUUCAGGGUAAUGAUGUCAUACAAGCCGAGCCUUCAGUGAUUCACUUUGGCGGCUUCGAACUGGGGAAGGAUUACCAGAGGGCCUUGAAACUCAUUAACAUUUCCUCUGAAGUUGUGAACAUCCACAUUAUACCCACCCAAACAAAGUACUUUCAAACAAAGUAUUCAAAAAAGUAUCGACUUGUCCCAGGGCUCUCCUAUACUGUGAAAGUGCACUUCUCCCCAGAUGAGUGGCGGUACUUUUACGAUUGCAUUCGGAUUCACUGCAAGGGAGACGAGAACAUUCUGGUACCUGUCCACGCGUACCCCGUCAUCAAUGAUUUGGACAUACCACCCCAUGUUCGCCUGCCGCCCGUCCCGCUGGGCCAGAGCAUCAGCCACUGCAUUCCCUUGAGCUGCAGCUGCCCAAUAGACUUUGAGUUCCAGGUGUACUGCAUCGAGCCGCACAAGGCAUUCGACAUCCAGCCUCUCUCAGGGGUCAUCCCAGCUAAUGGGAGGGUGAUGGUGACAGUGAAGUUUACCCCGCUGGAGUAUGGCACUGCCCAGACCACCCUGCAGCUGGUCAUCUCUCAAUUCAACUCCAAGCCUUACGUCUGCACCCUCACGGGGACCUGUUCUCCUUACCUGGGCCUCAGUCAGAAGGACAGUGAUGGAAUGGGUGACACACAGGGCUGUGUGUCACUGAAAGAGCUCCUGGAUCCUCAGUCCAUCUCACUACUGCACCUGUCCAGGACCAAGAGGAAGCUACGGCCAGCCCAAACCCAGAGCCAGGGCCAGGCCCACCCCCAGGGCCCUGGCAAGAAGGAGAAGGAGCAGCAGGGCCUGAAGCCUCCUAUAGAUGUGACCACCCCUGCUGGAGUAGCCAAGGUGCUGAUCCAGCGACAGGACAAAAUGAGAUCCAAAGACCUGAGAGAAGCGAUGUCCCAAACCAGGGCGGGGUUCCUGUCAAGACAGAUGAAGGAAGCUUUAUUUGAAAGCAAAGUUCGCCAGGACGUCCAGGAAGAGAGGGCCAAUACUUUGAGAUGGCAAGUUCAUCUUGGGAAGGACCCUGUCUCCGCUCAGACCAGGAAGCAGGUUCUUGAAGAAAGAGAGCGGGCCAUUCAGGAAUAUAAGAUUAAAAGAGAGGAAGUGACAGAGGCAGUCUAUGACCAGGCCCGGACGCAGUUGUCUCUGAGGCGUGUCCUGCGUGCCGCUGGACAGCUGCCGGAUUAUGUCCCAGAAUUCCACGCCUUUCCCAGCAGCCCCCUGGAGGUCAGACAGAGGGUUCUGUUGCUCUUUCAGCAGGCUGCCCGCAAGGUCCUGAUCCGCUGCCGCAUGGACAAUCGUCUUUUAUCCCUGAAGCUGACGGUUCGCAUGAUGAAGAGACAGCCUAACAGUGACGCGCAUACAGGGGAUGAUGAGAAGCUCCUCCCUCUGAAACUGUCCCGGGACAAUCUCCACCCAUUCUCCUUUCCCACCUUCAGCUGUCUGGAUCACCUGGAUGAGCUCACCCCUCAAGCUCUGGGUCCAGUCCCCGUGAAGCCUGUCCCACUUCUGAUAACUACGCAUGUCCCAUUCUUCAAACUUAAGGUUCCCCAGCACUACAGGUUGAUGGGCUAUCGGCAGGUGUCACCUUUUCAGGCGUGGGAGGGCUCUGAUCCCAGUAUCUUGGCCCGACCGCUGCGCUCAGGGGCUCAGGAUGAACUUCUACCUGCGAUGAUACCACCUCUGGCAGAAUACGGUCUCCCAGAAUCGGCGGGGGCAGGACAGACCCAGAAGAGCCAGCAGGACCAGGCUGUGGACCUGGCAGAGUCCCCCGCCCUGAGUUUCAGUGCCCCCCCUGCCCUGCUGCGGCCCCCGAAUGCCCACCCCCUCAGGAUCUUUAACCCUGCGCCUGGCCUGCAGGCCUUCAAGAAACCCCCACGCUACCUGGAGUGUGACCCCGAGUUCCACCUUUGUCCUUUACCGAUGUACCCCGUUCCCAAGGGAACUAGCAUGGGGGUCCAUGCAGCCAGCACCCAGAGGAAGUUCCUGGACCGAACGGAAAUAAUUAGAGGGGUGAUGACCUGGAAGAAGUUCCAGUCAGCGGCCUUGUCUUCUUUGUCCAGCCCUCCUACUCUGACCAGCUCCUGGACAUCACGCAUGUCUGAUCCUUUUAAUGAAGACCUGCUUCCCAGCUCAGCGCCCCCUGCCCUGACCGGCCUGCCUGAGGAGCUGAAGGAGGACGUGAUGGAUGGGCUAUCCCAAAGCAAGGGAGUGGCCCUCACGCCGGAAAUGCUGAGAGCAGAGUUUCCCCUGCCGGAGAGCACCCGACUCGCACAGCUGAAGGGGGAAACCACCAAAGACGACAGACAAGUGAGAGAGCCAGAGAAGGACCAGGCUCAGCCUAGUAAACUGGCCUCCAAGGUGCAGGCAAGACUGAGGGACUUGAAGGCCCUGGCAAAGACGGACUUCUUCCACCAGUGAUGCUCAGCGCACUCUUCUUAUUCUUUUAAAUCAUCUGGAUGUGGAAAGGGUAAAUGUAUAAACACAGUAGCUUCCAAUUCUCUGUGUAAUUUCAUCUAGUGGAUGAAACCUGUAGUGGCACAGAUCAUGCCUCUCCCCAUAAUUCCAUUCCCAUUGUUCUAUUUUCAUUGUUAUGGAAACGAUUCCACAGUGGAGCAUCAUAACAGAAAAUUGUGGAAAGUGGAAAGGAUUGAUUGACAGCCAUGACAGGAGCUGUGAAGAUGAACCAUUUAUGACAUGUUGUAGGCUAGGGUUAAGGUGUAUUGACCCUUUGUUUUUUCAUAAGCUCAUAUGCAGUUAGAAAAUCAGGGUGUUGUUUCAUGUUUCUGUAAAAACACAAGAGUCGGCUUGUGUAGUGUCUUGCAGGCCUUGGAGCUCUAGUUGGACAAUUCAAUACCUUGAGCAUAUUGUAUUAUAAUAUUUAUCACAGCUCUAAAACCUAUUUAUUUAACCCCUGACAGAUAGCAUUUGACUGUUUGAAUCCCUUGGAAGUACUGGGAGUGCUAGUGAGUAAAAGUGAUUUCAUAGGGUACACUAAAACAAAAAACACAAAUUCUUCUUGCAAACUUCUUGCUAUUCACUGAAAUUUGAAACCAAUUUUUUUUUUUU